UGUUAAUAUCUGUUAUUUGAUUAACUGGAUAGCAGAUAGAUCAAAUAAACAGGUUUUGUCUAAUUUAUGUAAAGUAACAUACUCAGCAUCAGAGAUACCAACCAUGUCAUCUCAAAAAACAUAAACAAAUCAAGCAUGGAGUUCAAAAAUAAGAAAAAAGUUAAUAAAUUUAAUAAGAACAAGAAAUUCAAGAAACCCGGUUCUAAAAAGCCAUUCAAAGUGAAGCCAAAGGUCAGACAGCAUAUCCGUGAGGACGAUGAAAUUAAGCAGUUGCAGGAAGAGUAUGGAAAUAUCAAAAAUUGCCGUGAUAUUAAAACGUUUGAUGACUUUCCAUUAUCGAGGAAAACUCGUAAAGGCUUAAUUGAUAAUAAAUUCAAGGUUCCAACGGAGAUACAGAAGCAAGCAAUAGGACCAGGAUUAAAUGGAAGUGAUGUGCUUGGUGCGUCGAAAACAGGAAGUGGCAAAACUUUGGCAUUCUUAAUUCCGAUUUUGGAGAAUCUUUUUACUAAGAAAUGGUCGAGAAUGGACGGUGUUGGUGCUAUAAUUAUAUCGCCAACGCGAGAACUGGCUUAUCAAAUAUUUGAGACUCUUAAGAAGGUUGGUGCUCAUCAUGACUUUUCUAGUGGUUUGAUUAUAGGAGGAAAGAACUUGAAGUUUGAGAAAUCACGUAUGGAUCAAGUCAACAUUAUUAUUUGCACUCCAGGACGACUUCUACAGCAUAUGGACGAAAAUCCACUAUUUAAUUGUGACUCAACACAAGUUUUAGUGCUGGAUGAAGCUGAUAGAUGUUUGGAUCUUGGAUUUUCACAGACUAUGAAUGCUAUUAUUGAGAAUUUACCGACAGAUAGACAAACUUUGCUGUUUUCAGCUACACAAACGAAAUCAAUAAAGGAUCUAGCACGUCUAAGUUUAAAAUCACCAGUUUAUAUAGCACCACAUGAAAAGUCAGAAACAACAACGCCAACAACAUUGCACCAAAAUUAUGUCGUAAUCAAUCAAGAAGAUAAAAUCAUGAUGUUAUGGUCGUUCAUUAAAACUCAUCAGAUACACAAAUCGAUAGUUUUCAUGUCAUCCUGUAAACAAGUCAAAUUUGUUUAUGAAAUGUUUAGUAAAUUGCGUCCAGGCGUGUCACUUUUAGCACUUUAUGGAACAUUACAUCAAGACCGUCGUAUGGCUAUUUAUGAUGAAUUCUGUAAGCGAUCUAAAGUCGUCUUAUUUGCAACAGACAUAGCAUCACGUGGAUUAGAUUUUCCAGUUAUUAAUUGGGUCAUUCAGCUUGACUGUCCAGAAGAUGCAACAGCAUAUAUUCAUAGAGCUGGUAGAACAGCUAGACAUGAUGCUGCUGGUGAAAGUUUAUUGGUUCUAACACCACACGAAGAGGAACCGAUGAUAGAGGAAUUAAAAGGCAAUAAAAUUCCAAUUGAAAAGAUAUCGAUUGAUCCAAAACAGCUGUUCUCACCGCGUGUCAAAAUGGAAGCAUAUUUAGCACAAUCAAAGGAUUUAAAGGAUACAGCACAGCGUGCAUUUAUAGCUUACAUCAAGUCAGUCUUUUUAAUGAAAAAUAAGAAAGUUUUCGAUGUCGAGUCCAUUAAUUUUGAUGAAUUUGCCAAGUCAUUCGGGCUUGUUGUGACUCCUCGAGUUCGAUUCCUUCAAAGACUUAAAAAACGAAAAGAACAGCAAUUAAAGGGAAUAACAGCAGCUGAUAAUGAGCAACCAGAAUCAUCAGAUAGUGAAAAUGUCGAAGAUGAUGAAAAGCAGCAAAUGAAAUCGAUUAAUUUAAGUGCUUUAAUGGCUGACGAAAGUGACGAUGACGACGCUGGAUUAGUCAGAGUAAAAAGGAAAGAUCACGAUAUUGAAAUUGGCAGUAAUGAUGAAAUGGAAGUAAUGGAAGAUUUAAAUCAAGCUCGCAAGCAAAAGCUCGUCACAAAAGCUGCUGUUGCCAAAAAGCUCGCAAAAAAGAAAAUUGUUGCAAAUAAAAAGAUCCAGUUUGAUGAUGAUGGCAAUGUUGUUACUAAUACAGCUAAGGAACUGCAGUCAGAACUAGCUAAAGAGUACCAUGAGGAAGAUGAAGGCGGAAUCAACAUUGAAAAAGCUAAGCAAUUAUUGCAAGAAGAAGACAAAUUCGAUAAGAAAAGAUUUAAGGAACUUGUCAAGCAAAAACAUCGUGAAACUAAAAAGAAACGGAAGCAAAAGAAGGAAGACAAGAAAGAUAGUGAUGAAGAGGAAGGAGACGACUUUGAAAGUGGCAGUGAACCUGAUUUAUCAUGGCUGCCUGACUAUGACAAAAUUAAUGCAAAAUCAAGCAACAAAAGUGACGAUUCUGUCUCAAAUAAUGAAAGUCAAAGCGAUUAUGAUAGCGACGAAGGUCCAAUCCAUAAGCUACCAACGAAAUUGUACGAAAAGAAGCGUCCAAAAGAUGAAGAAAGUGAAGAAGAAAUGGAAAUGCCACAAACAAAGAAAUCUAAAAAGAACAUUGCAUCUAAAUUGAAUUUGAAUGAUGCUGAGGCAUUGGCUAUGUCACUUCUUGGCUCUUAAACCUUUCGUGUUGGUUCUAUUGAUAAUUGAUCAUGUCACUUCCAUAGAUUUUUGGAAGCUUUAUUGAAGAAUUAAUAUUGAACUUUAUUUUUAUUUUGAUAAUAAUAAAAGAAUUUUGAAUUUUCAUGUUUAA